AUGACCCCACAAAGUAUCAUCGGAAUCAUGGACUCAGAGCAAGAGGACAUAGUAUCUCGGCCCGCAGCCCAGGACCGGUGCAGCCUGCCUUUGGGGGAUGAGCCUGCCGAUGGCUACGCUUUUUUGGCACCGGCAGCUGGCAACAACACCAAUGUCGCCAAUCCUUCGCCACAUGACAAACCCUUCUGGUACAGAAUACGACAACACUACCGUCAGGACAUGAAGCCCAUCGAGCGUCGUCGCUAUUUCCAAUUCAUCCUCCACGACAUCAAAAACGAACUCCACGAAGGAGACACCCUGGUAUUCGUCGACUUCCCUCCACAUACACAGCUGUCACAGAGAGCCGACUGUUUCUGCUACGCUUGGAACUCUGUCCAGUUUCGUAUGCACUCCGAAGGACUUCUGGGCACCGGCUCCUCCAAGUUUGCCGAGAUGCUGAAUCCCACGUACCAGUUCCGUAUUCGGCGUCGACGAAAGCUUGUCAAUAAUCUUCCCGAUGGCGUCAAGUACGUCUUGGACCUUACACCUCCUACCGAGGGUGACGAACUCGUCUUCCAGAUGACCGAGGUGUCGCUGACCCCAGGCAUUAUCACCUGGUGGACUGCCACUAGUAAGCACGGCGUCGGCAGCAAUGCUGUAUCUGGCCACGACGAUGUCUGCUCUUGCUGGAGGAACCGAGAAUCGAAAAAGUCCGGGGAAGUCGACGUGACCCUUGAAAACAUUUCGGCAAAUGAACCCAAGCGCGAUAAAAACCGGGACAAUUUGCAGAGUCUCCGCGAGGCCACGCCCCAGACUGGCAGACCCAUACAGCAAGCACCCACGCCGAUAAUGGAUUUGGCAGCCAAGGUACUAGUGAAGAAGUCCAAGGGCGACUUCGACGCCGACCCGGUUCCAGCCUACCGACAGAUCCCCGACUACUGCCCCGUCCGCCACCGCGUCAACAUCCUUCGUCUCAUGUAUCUUAUCUCAGACAAGUGUGUCUUCCUUGACUCGGCACCGAGUGUAUGGACAUUGGUGGCAGUGGCCAAAAUUCUAGACUGCACGAGCGUGGUGCGCGGCCCCUUUCUCCAUUGGUUCAUGAGCCCCAACAACACCAUGUUCCUUGAAGUAUUGCCUGAGGAGAGCCUCCAGAUUGGGGUGGCCUUGCAGUUGGCCGAUAUUACACGCUCGGCCUUCCGAAUCUUGGUCAACGAACUUGCCCUCGAGGAGGCCGCUGAGCCCAACGGCACACCCAAGGCAGCGGCAUACACCGUAUUUGGACGCAAGCGUCACGACCCCGGCGACGAUCUGAACAACAUCAUACAGCACGCGUCCCGGGCUAUGGUCGAGCGUGUGUCGCGUUCAGUCAACCAACUGGUCAGCGAGACAAUCUUUGAUGACCUGCAACUUGCCGAAUGGCUUCGGCUACGGAACAUUAUUGGCAUGCUCUCUAGCUGCCCCGACGACCCGAUGUUCCAGAGGGCCAAGAACACUGCGCUCAUCCUUGCUGAGUCGUUGAAAGCCGCGUGGAAGGAACAUGUGGUGUGUAUCUUGCUCGAGAAACCUCUCGACGCCAAUCAUCUGACUGGCGCCGAUAACCAACUCGCCACUUACAUUGAUGUGCGGCAUUUCAACCGUCUUGAUGUUGUGUACAAGCAACUGAAUGACGUGCAGAAAGCUCUGUGCUCGUUCAUGUACAAGGCUGUCGCCAACAAGUGGCUUGGUUUUGCCAGCAUCUUUCCCUCGAGCUGCUUGCAGCCCAGUUUCUCCCGUCUGGCUACUGACCUCUGGGUUCUCCUCAUCGAUAUCUUGAAAUCCCGUCCCGACUUGGCAACAGACCCUGCUUGGGAAGCCCUUUUGGACCUGCCGCACGACGUCACCGCUGUCAUUAACCCGGGUUCCAUUUUUCUUUUGGAGACUGACGCCGCGAAGCACGUAUUCGACCUCCAGGCGUUGGAAACUCCGCUCCGCGCUUUCCUCGAGCCCUUUUCCCACGAAUACGCUCGUAUCGACUUCGAGAUCAAGAUGAAGAUGACGCCGCACCUAUUGCUUAUUCUUCACCAAGACGAAUUCAAGUUCCUGCCACUCUGGGCUGGCGGCAACGACGACGGCACCGGUGGCGUCUUUGAGCAUUCCCUGCCACCUGCUGAUUAUGGACCAGUGGGACCGGGUCCGGUUUACCACACCGGCGCAACAAUUCCUUCGGAAACAUCCAGUACGGCAGGCUCAGUGAACAGCGUGCUGCGACAGCUUCGCUUGGAAGGGGGAAGCACCAUUGGCCCUGGCAGCGUCGACGUCCAGGAUGGAAUUUCGACCGUUUUCAAUCCCAACAAAGUGGUGGUUGACGAAAAGUCGAUCUACACGGAAUCGUUCACAGAUGGAGACUCAGACUACGGCAACGCCAGAUCUGCCGUUCCUGUGGAUUGCCAGACCAUGGCCCAAACAACCGGCAUUAUGGUCCUCGAAGAAGAGACAACCGAGCACUCGGACAUCGAUACCAGCGUCAACCUCGAGACUGACGACGAUGAUGACAUGGACGGAGUCAUGAUGGAGACGAGCCCUGAGGAUAGCCGCUUGCGAGACAACACCCAUGAACAUGUCGUCAGCAGCGUCGGUGCCCCGGCCUUGCUUGCGUCUGGGAGCCAGCGGUCCUCAACUACACCCUCAAUCACGAACGUUUCAUUGGGUUCUCUUCUUGACGAAGACUAUGAUACGGUCAUGAUUUGA